AUGCAAAAGUCGAAGACCGACCCGAAGCCGGAUGCCGGGCCGGCGUCCAAGCCUACUGGGGUGGCUCCCAGGAAACCGCGUCCUAACCGGCCUGCUGCGGCGCCCCCACUCAGGGUCGAGUUCCUUUGGCGCCCUGCCAAAGUUGACGACAUAGAGAAGAACACGGUUGAAAGCGCCAUCAAGAAGGCGUUGCAGACUCAAGGACACCACGGACAUUACACAGCCGAUAUUGAGGUCCGUUUGGUAUCCACUAUCGGCUCAGGCAAGCAGGCCAACUAUUCAGUGAUGAUUAAGAAGAUCCAGCGGUCUCAGAUAUCGCUCACUUACAGUCUCGACAAGCACAAGGUUCAGGAAAUUGAGUGUUUCGACUGAUAAGGCGCCUCGUGUUUCUUCAACACAUCCUUCUCUUAUGGUGGUGUCAUGCCAAGCUUGGUUUUGGUUUUAGCAUCUCAGUGUUCC